AUGAAGCGGGUUUCUCAAACUGAUUCCAGUUUGUUAUCGAUGCCACCAGAUAUAAGCGAAGACUUUACGGUAACAGAUUCCGUCGAUAAAUUACAUACAUCGGUAUCUGCCGGUACCACGUUGUCUGAUGUGGAAGUACUCGAUCAACAGCAGCAUCAGUCUAAUUCUUUAUCUCAAAUUAAAGAUGGUUCUGUUUCAUGCUAUGAUUCGGAUAACAUGAGUGCUAGGAAUUCUCUUUCCCAUCCUAAUGUUGUUUUUGUUUCAGCUACACCAUUAAAGCAAAGCACUCCUUUAGGCAUUCAUUCAGCUGUAAAUUCUGAGGGUGCUGCGCCAUCUUUACAACCAAUAAUUUCUGUCUCUACGUCAACAGUAAAUAAAACUUCCGACCCCGGUUUAACAAAGCAAAUAGUUGAAAAUCCCGGUACCCCAUCUGCCUCUAAUCGUUUAAAACGUAAAAGCAACGACCCUCAACCUUCACCAGAGAUAAAUAUUGCACAUGCUAUCCAUGAAAUCGAGUUUAAUAACAUGACUAUUCGUGGAGCAGGUAGAAAAUAUAAAAUUCCUGAAGCAACACUUCGUAAACGACGCAAGGCUGGGGAUCCCUCUUCCCGCAAAACAUCUGAGAAGCGUUCCAGAACUACCGAGUUUGAAGAUUAUUUGAUAUCAAAAAUGUUUUCAGCCUAUAAACUUCUUGGGUUGGGUAUUUCGUCUAAGGCACAUCUUGACCGCAUUAAUCAUUUAUUGCAGAGCAAAGGGUCUUCAAAAAAGAUUGAUAUUGGAUGGAUCAACUCAUUUUGCAACAAGCGUAUUUUAUUAGAAAAAGGCAAUACCUCUUCAGAUUCCAGAUCCUCAGAUUCAAAUCAGCACUCUGAAAAUUCUUCGGAUUCUUGUUUUGGCGAUGCAAACAAUAUUUUUCGAGCCUGGAAAACGUUUAAUCCUGAUUUUUUUGAAGCGUGGUUUGGCAACAUUGAAGAAAAGUUUGAAAAUUUAAACUUAAAACCAGAAAAUAUUUACACUAUGGACGAAAUUGGUUUUAGGUUUAACGAGGAUUAUAACAACGACAAUAACAGAAGCUUAGAUUCGACAACUUUUAGACGACCACUUAGUGAAGCUGUUUAUUCGGUUGAUGGAAAUGACGCAAUUUUUACUAUAAUUGAAACAGUCAGUAUGAGUGGCGCUUCAUUACCUCCAUACCUGAUUUACAAUGAAAAGUCUCAAGAUUUCAAUGACAUUUAUAGUAAAUACCCCAACGACUUUCCUGGGUGGAAGUUUUCACCGUCAAAUUCUGGCUGGCCCAGUGAUAAAACAGCCGAUAAUUGGUUUAAGGACCAUUUUCUUCCGUUGACUAAUUUUACGGCCGGUGGCGAAUAUAGAGCUCUAAUUGUUGAUACUCAUAUUAGUCACUUUUCUAGCAACUUUUUGAAGCUAGCUGGAGAAAAUAAGGUUCUUCUUUUGUUUCUUCCUUCUGAAGUAUCACACUUUCUUCAGCCUCUUGACUCCGUCCCACUUUUCCACAAUUUCGUCAACGAACUUGCUAAGGUUUCUCAAAAAAAAUUUCUCAAUAACAAGGCUAAAGACGUCGAUGGUGAUGCUGAUUUCUCCUCUAUAAACAGUUUUGAUCUUUUACAUCUGGUCAAAAAUGCAAGGUCGCUUUCCUACAAUUCUCCAGAAAGUAUUACAGCUGGCUGGGAAAAAACUGGAUUGUCUCCUCUGGAUAGAGACAUAGUUAAGAAAACAAUUAUUGAUCAAUUAUACCCUCUAGUCGAAGCCAAGAAGCAGAUUAUCCAUCCUCUCUCAGUCUAUGAUGGUUUUUCAGAUACUCCUAUCAGAAAACUGUUUGAAAACUUACCCUACACUAUAUCUAAAGUUUGCGCCUAUGAAGCCAAAAAUUUUCGUUUAUAUGUUGAUCAUGCUGCUGAAAACUAUCCUUAUAAUUCAGCACUGCCCGUCACCCCAUUAGAAAAGAAGAUUGAGUUUCCUUUGAUAUCUUCUAAAGAGAAGGCUUUUGAAACUAUUCGGAAUUUUACACUUCAUUUAAAGGAGGUUUCUGAUUUUCUUAGUAUGAGUGCUGGAAAUAUGCUGGAAAAUGAAUCUACACAUCGCAAUUUGAUACAAACAUUGAUUAAAAAGCUGUCGCCACCUUUCAAAGAUACUCACUGGAUUGCCAGCGAUCUUAAUCAGCGUGAUUUGACAACAAAAGCGUUGAGAGACAAUAUCAAUAAAACGGGGGAUGUUAUCAACGAGGCACUUCAGUGGAUUGAACAAAACCUUACGUCUGAUGAUGAGUCACAAGAGUCAAAAGCUUUGGGUAGUCAUUCAACUAACUCUGCUUCAUUAAAUUUAACCAAUGCACCAGUAGCCAUUCCUGAUGAUUCUUCUCAUUCAUCAACUUUACAAGCACAGAUACAGUUUCAUAAAGUUGAAAACACGUCAUGUGAAAGGAUUAAAAAUGAAGACGUUGAGAUGACAGGACAGGAUUUAUGUUUAACACCCAGUGGUCAAAUUGCACCUAGGCCACCUUUUUUGUCCUCGAAUAAAACAGUUCAUGCGGUUAGCAGUGAUUUGAGGGAUGAAUAUUUUCCAAAUACUAAAAAGCGUCUUGGGAAAUUAAUGAUCGUUAGUGAUUUUGAUAAUGGCCAAAUUUCACCGAGUGUUAUUCCACCAUUCCCCAAUUCUGGACUUCAAUCCCCGAUAACACCAGUUGUUUCUGAUCCUCCUAUGUCUUUGGUCACUUUCCCUCCAGAUACACCCAUCCAGCUUUUAAGCUCAAGCUCGAUACCCGUAAUGUCACCGUCAGCACAAGGUUUGCAUGGUUUUCAAAACAGCUCGUCGAUGCUUGCUGGGAAUUUGUCUUCAUCCAGAAAUCACCAUCCAACUACAGGCAUUCAGUCAAUGUCAGGUAUAAAUGUUAUGCCAGCAAUUCCAAAUCCCCAGCUUAACACUUUGGUUUCGUCUAGCUCUACAAUGGUAUCCCCUCAGACAUCUAAUCCUACAGAAAGCUUUCCAACUGUUGCUAUUUCAUAUUUGCCAAAUUCAUCAGGGCAGAUUCAGACUCAAGUAGCAGAUAUAUUACCAUCUUCAUCAGCUAUUGUUGAGGGUGACGCUAAUGCUUUCCAGCCUGUGAAUGUUUCUCAGCAAAGUCAUCAUCCUCAAUAUCAGCAGCAGCACUCUUCAAAUAUUGGAACUCCGGUGCAUAGUGCAGAGUCUUCCAAGCGGCCAUCGUUAAGUCUACCUCUUCCUUUGACAUCUGUGAAUAACGCUGCUUCUUUCCCUAUGAAUUCCAUGUCGAUUAUGACGGAGCAUCCCAAAGUUGAUGAUGCAGAUUUAGCGAAAGCAAUCCAUGCGGCUUCAUUGAUGGCUUCUACUAGUGCUUCUUCUUCUAAUUCUGUUUCAUCUGCUGUUUCUGCUGUUCCUACAGUAGCACCAUCGGUAGUUGCCACACCCAUCUCAAACAUUCUUUCUGCUCCAUCAACGCCGACAGUGCAAGUUUCUAUGCGAUCGUUGAGUUUUUCAUUAGAAACCCCAGAUUCACUUGUGGCAUCCGCUUCUUCUGUCCCUGUUUCUUCUGUCCCCGCUUUUUUGAUUGACCAAGUGACUUCAUCUCAUGCCCGUACGGUUCAAGUAUCUUCAUCACUACCGCAGGUUCAUCAAGUUCAAACUCCACAACAGAUGAUUCAGCCAGAAAACGUUCCAUUAAAUUCUACAAAUCAACAUCAACAGCAGCAACAACAACAACAACAGCAAAAACAGCUACAGCAACAGCUACAGCUACAGCAACAGCUACAUCAACAUCAACAGCAGCAACAGCAGCAAAACAUGACAAUCGUAUAUGAUAAUUUGAAAGACAUAAUGACCUAUAGGUCUACUGGUGAUGGUGCAUUGCAGCAGGACUUGGCUAUGCAUCAUUCACAGCAACAGCCACAAAUUUCGCCGCAAGGGCCUGUACAUACGAAUCUUCAGGUAUCGAUGCAAAUACAAUCCACAGCUCAGGUAGUUGGUGGAAAUGGGCAACCGGGUGUUCAGCCUCAGUCUCAAAAUCACCCACAGACUCAACUUGAAGAGAUUCAGCGGCAAUUGCAAGAGCUCCAGCAGCAGCAGCAUGAAGAGGUUCAAAGACAUUUAGAAAAUUCUGGAAAUCAACAACAGCAGCCACUUCCACCACAACAGCAACCACUUCCACCACAACAGCAACCACAAUCUUUAAGACAAUCUAGUCUUCACAUACAAAUGCCACAUAAUCAAAUGAUUAUAGAGCCAUCUCUUGGGACCCCUUUACAACAGCAACCACUUAUUUCUUCACAGACACUUGUUCAAGUUCAGGUUCCUGCAGAGCAGGCAAUUCCGAAUCAACAGUCACAUUCGUCAGUUUCUGAUGUUUUCAAUUAUCCACUUCAAUAG